UCAGAUAAGAAUAAAAUAACAAUCAUCAAUGUUGAAUCUGUUGUGACAGGACGCAUUUAAUGCGUUUCAUCCAAACCUUCAGCUCGUGAGGAAAUACAUGAAGCCGCUGUUAAUUGGGGAGCUUGAGGCGUCUGAGCCCAGUCAAGACCGGCAGAAAAACGGGGCACUUGUGGAGGAUUUCCGAGCCCUUCGUGAGCGUCUGGAGGCUGAGGGGUGUUUCAAAACCCAGCCCCUGUUUUUCAUCCUGCAUCUGGGUCACAUCCUGCUCCUGGAGGCUAUCGCCCUGAUGAUGGUGUGGUACUUUGGAACUGGCUGGAUCAACACGGCCAUCGUGGCUGUUAUACUGGCUACCGCACAG